GUCGGGGACGGUGGCCGUCAGGAGCGGAGGGAGUAGGGGACGGCAAUGGAGGACGGGAAGACUGCUUCGCCGCCUGGUGCUGAGGGUGGGGAGGAGGAGGAUGACUUCGGAUACCGGCUCUUCCCCGAUCGCAACAAAGAGCCGCAGAGCUUCCUGGUUCGCAGCCUCUUCACCUUCCACAACAGGUGCCAGGUGAUGCUGAGGAUGACUCUGGAGACGAAUGGCUUUCAAAACUUUUGUCUAGUGAAAUUGACUGCAGCAAUGUUUUUUUAGAUCCAUAUGCUCAACUGCUUAUUGCGGCCAUGAAGCAAUCUGGCUGCACUGUUUUCAAUGAUCGGCACUUUUCUUGUGAAAACUGCGAUGGCUGUGUCAGCGGUGGUUUUGAUUCUGCCACUUCUCAGAUUGUUCUGUGUCAGAACAACAUUCGCCACCAGUCCCAUAUGAACCGAGUGGUUGCGCAUGAAUUGAUACAUGCUUUUGAUCACUGCCGUGCUCAUGUUGACUGGUUUAAAAAUGUCAAACAUUUGGCCUGCUCAGAGAUUCGAGCUGCUAAUCUCAGUGGUGACUGUACACUGAUGAAUGAAAUAGCUAGGUUUAAAUUUGGACUGAAAGGACAUCAUCAGACUUGUGUGCGAGACAGAGCAAUUCGUUCCAUUCUGGCUGUUAGAAAAGUUAGCAGAGAGACUGCGGAAAAAGCUGUGGAUGAGGUUUUUGAUGCCUGCUUCAAUGAUCUGGAACCAUUUGGGAGAAUCCCGCACAGUAAAACAGAUGCAAAACGUGCUUAUAAAGACUUCCUGAAUCGAGAUCGCUACACUGCUAAUUUGUAAAGGAAAAAUGUGAAAAACUAUGUUAAUAACUGGUAGUCCUGGUACAUCUGGAGUUACAGUCUACACACAGUGCUGGUGGAAAGGGGCAGUUCUUUCGAAUGUAUCAGUUCAUUUUGUAAGUUUUUUCCAGGAGCCAUCUCCAGUUGAGGUAAAUGAACUAGGCUAAAAACUGUUUCCUCACCUGUUCUUCCAGCAACAUCAUUUAGUAUACCAAAUGACUUGGCAAAUAUUGAUCUGCAUAUUUCAAUGCACAUUUAAUUCAGUUAUUGAAUAAAUAGUUUCAUAAAAAUCUUCAA